AUUUCUGUCUUGGUGGCAGUGCACUCCCUGGGGUUAGUGGACUUUGGUAGAGAUGUGUGACGGCUAGUCUUGGUUGUCAACUUGACUACAUCUGAAAUUAAAUUAAACCCAAAUGUAGGACAUACCUGUGAGGGGAUUUUGCUUAAUUUGUUGUGGCAAUGCUCACUUCCAAGCCAGAUAUUUAAAGUGGGAAGAUGCGUCUUUAAUACAGGUAUAUUGAGGAAGGAAGCCCUGACUCUAAUCUAAGCCACACCUUCUGCUGAAAGCCUAUAUAAAGUCAUGGAAGAAGGAAGUUUUGAUCUUUGACUCCUUUGUUUCGCCUCACUAAUAAGUCCAUACCUUCACGGCAUUACAGCCUCCUUCUUCAGGAUUCCUGCAUAUACUGAAGACAAGCUGAAACAUCCAGCCUUGGGGACUGAGCAGCAUCUGGAGUCUUCAGCCUUUCGUUCCUAGGCAGUCACUGUUGGACAAGCUGAGCCACAGCCUAGGGGAAAGGCUUCAUCAUGUCUGUGGUUGAGUACCUCUGGGACACAUGGAGCAAAGUGGCCCUGCAGCUCCUGCCAACUAAAGAUGGAUUCGGAAAACAACUUGUGAAAAGAGCUGGUUUGUCCAGUUUCUCUCCAUUUAAUUUGAUGUUGGCUGUUGGCUUGUUGUUUAUUGUUUAUGUUAUAUUUAGAAAAGUGAAAGAUGCCUCACGUGAGAAGGAAAGGUUUCUGGAAGUUUAUCCUCAGAUGAAACGGGAGCUUGAGGAGAGCAUCAGGAUUCUCAAUGCCCAUGCAGACAAGAUUGACAAGAUUCACAAGGGCUGCACCAUCACACAAGUGGUGGCCAAGUCCACCGGUGCUGUGUCUGGGGUCCUGACAAUUCUUGGUUUCGCUCUGGCACCUGUGACAGCAGGAGCCAGUCUGGGACUUUCAGCCACAGGUAUGGGACUUGGGGCAGCAGCGGCUGUGACAAGUUUUUCCACAAACCUUGUGGAAAAGGUAAGCACAGCGUCAGUAGAAGCUGAAGCCAGACAGCUUCUGUCAAGAAGCAACGACACUGAGAACGACAUUAAAAGCAACGACACUAAGGACAUUACAGAAUCUUUGGAAAAUAUUACCACCAGGCUUGUUUCUGUAUCUAAGAAAUUUGUUAAGAAUGUGGAUGACAUAAAGAAGAACAUGGAUGCCAUCAAGCUGACCAAAGAAAACCCUCAGCUGAAAAAUAAUGCCAAGCGUCUAAUGACCACAGGAAGGCUGUCAGCCAAAAGCACUGAACAGGUGGAGAAAGCCUUUGGAGGCACUGUUCUGACAAUGACCAAAAAGGACCGGAUCAUGAAGGCAGCCACUGCAAGUCGCUCCCUAGCGCUAGAUAUAAUCAGCAUCAUAGAAGACACAAAGCAUUUGCAGGAGGGUGCGAAGGCAGAGUCAGCUGAAAAGCUGAGGCAGAAGGCUAAGGACCUGGAGCAGAAGUUGCAGGAGCUCAUCCGGGUGCAUGACAGCCUGAUUCAGUGACCCCUUCUUCAGUGCAGCUCAGAGGACUGGGGGUGGGGUGUGCUGGACAGAGCCAUGGACACUUGAUGGCUCUGAAUGUAUCCCCUUUAUACCAAUGCCAUAACAGUGAUAGUGUCUGCUGGAGGAGAGGCCACAUUAAGAGAAAGGAAACCAGAACACAGAACACAGAUGGGACAGGCUUGUUCCUCUCACUAGACUCUACCUCCCUCUUAGAUUUAACAACCUCCAACAUCCCACACAAGGACCAUGGUCCCAAGCUGGGGAGCACACCCAAGGCCUGACUAAGCCACAGCAUGGCUGCUCCCCAGUCACACCCCCCACACUGCUCCUAACAGAGGUUCACCAUCCUCAAGUCCACCAAGCUGCCAACUUUCCCACUGCUUUCUGAUUGCUUGCAUCAGAUUUCUCCUCCUUCCUAGUUCUGCCUCAUUCUGUUUUUUUUUCCAAUUAUUUCCCAAUCUUACUAUCAGACUUUGGGUGUGAACCC